AUGACUGAAUUACAACGUGAAAAUUUGUUCGAGUUUGGAGAAGUUCCUGAAAUUGAUGAUCGAAGAUGUGAGGAAAAAUCAAAUGAAGGGUGGUCGGAUGAUGCGUACACGCAACAAAAAACUGUUUUUAAUCCAUGGUAUUGUAUUCCUUCUAUUCCUGAUUGUCCAGAACCUAUUCUUGAACCUGGACCAUCACACAGUUUAGGUCCGAAUGAUAAAUUAAUUGUCAAUCAAACCUAUAACACCAAAAAAGAGCUAGCAUUUGCUGUUAAAUUCAAAGCCGUUAGAGAAAAGUUUCAGAUAAAGGUUGAAAAAUCUUCAAAAUCUCGGUACCAGGUUGUUUGUAUGCAAGAAAACUGUCAUUGGCGUUUAUACGCAUGUGUCAUUAAAGGAACAAAAAUGUUUGAAAUUAAGACGUUUAAUGACGAGCAUACAUGUUCUUCAUUGCUUAUACACCCAAAUCAUAGGCAACAUGCUAGUGAAUUUGCUUUGGGAUUGAUGAUGGGAACCCCCGAAGAAAGUUUCUCCAAACUUCCAAUUUAUUUUCACAAUCUGAAGAAACAUAAUCCUGGUACUGUGGCGUACAUAAAAACUGAUUCAGAUGAUCGUUUUGAGCAUUGCUUUUUUGCUAUUGGAUGCGCGAUACAUGCUUUCAGAGAGUGUUGUAGAAAAGUUAUUAUUAUGGAUGGUGCUCAUUUGAAGGGAAACUACAAAGGCACCAUCUUGCAUGCAGUAGCCAUGGAUGGCAACAAUCAGAUCUUGCCUAUUGGGUAUGGAAUUUGCCCAAAAGAGACUACAGAUUCUUGGACAUGGUUUCUUGAAAAACUACAUGAAUGCAUUGGUGAUGUGGAAGGUCUGACAAUGGUCACAAAUAGAGCACCCGCAAUUGCUGUAAGUAUUCAAAAUGUUUUUCCAAAUGAUCAACAUGGAUUGUGUGGUUUUCAUCUAAUAGGAAACAUAGUCCAAACCUUUGGAAAAAACAAAAAAACAGCAAUUUUGUUUUGGAAGCUGGUAAGAGCUUACAAAACCACUGAGUUUGAAUUCUAUUGGGGGAGACUUCGUAAUAUAAGAGAUGAUGUAGCGACAUAUCUUGGUCAAAUUCCACGUGAGAAAUGGACCAGAGCGUAUUGCCCUACCACGAGGUAUGAUUAUAUGACCUCAAAUAGUGCGGAGUCCAUGAAUGCAAGGACGUGUAAGGAAAUCGUUCCAAAGAACCAAAGUAAAACUAAAAAACGUACUGGGGCUUCAGGGAGUGGGACAAAAGCGACAGAAGAGGAACAGACGCAAGCGACCAAAAACCAAUGGCAGCAUGAGCCAGAGAACCAAUGGACACAACAUACCGAACAACAAUGGCAGCAGCAGCCAGACAACCAAUUGACACAACAGACCAAACAUCAAUGGCAGCAGCAUCCAGACAACCAAUGGACAAAACAGACCGAACAUCAAUGGCAGCAGGAGCUACAUAACCAAUGGGCACAAGAGACCGAAUACCAACCGCAGGAAGCGCCACAGAACCAAUGGCAGGGUUGCACCGAGUACCAAUGGCAGCAAGAGCCAGAUAACCAAUGGACGUAA